AUGGAUGAACUGACAAUCAACGUAUCCGACCUCCUUCCGGAUGUUAUUUCGGGCAACGGGUUCCCAGAGCCUCGAUAUCUUAACUCUCUACCGACCCCAAGGAACGAUCCUGGAGCUGAUGCCCUAGUGCUAAAUGAGCUUAAAACCUUUGCUAGGCGAUCAAAUACCCUUAUCGUUGUGGACUUCAAUGCACCUACCAUCAUUUGGAGCUCCUCCUUAGCCGAUUGCCCUGAAUCGGCAUUCGACUACAAGCUCCUGCACGUCACAUUUCCCACAAGAAUUCUUGACGGCCAGCGGAUGAACAGCCUCGAUCUUGUGCUCACUAAGUCACCUGAAAAUAUUGACAUUGCUGUGGAGGAGGGCGAACCAUUGGAACCGAAGACAGAACCUGUGAAGGUGACAUCUGCUGACGCGUCCUCGUGA